GGUGUAUGCUUUUUAGUAUUGAUGGAUGAUAACAAAUGAGGAAAAAAAAUAUAUUUCUAGAUAAAAUCCAGUAAAAGAGGCUCCACAAACAAUAAUGCAAUGCAACAAUUACACAAUUACACAUGAACACCAUUCUUUGAUGUAAAACAUUAAAUCAAAGGAAAAACCUAAUUAACUUUUAAAUUCUUUUUUCGGUCAUUUUUAAACAUUAAAUCAUUAAGCAUAAAGUUUCUCAAAGUGAAAGGGAAAGGAAGUCAUUCCUUUUCCCCUUUUUUUUUUUUAGUAUUAAUAAAUUAAUGUCAUCUUUGAAGACUAAUAAUCAUAUUAAAAAGAUGAAUUCCUUUGUACCAAAAUUAUAAAUUAUUUUUCAUGGUACUUAAUUAACCUAACUGUAAACUUAAAUAAAGAAAAUUAACCUAAUACUAAUUUUAAAAAAAUCACUAAAAGAUUACAAAUAUAGAAACGCAUAAGCCAAUACAUUGCAAACAUGUCAACGCCUACUAAAAAAAACAUGAAUUCUAAUUUCUAUUCAGAAAAUGAAUAAUCCUACCCAUCAAAACUCCAAAAUCCAACCCUAAUCUAUGAGUUUAAAAGCCCUCAAGCUCAACCUCAAAAUGGUAUGGCCAAUCCACAAUAAUGGCAGUUCAAUCAUAAAAUCCUACCCUAAUUAUAUAUAAGGCAAUUGAUAACAUAAUGAUAUAACAAAUCCAAAAUAAUGGCAAUUCAAUCAUAGAAUUCAAUCCUAAUUAUAACGCAAUUGAUAACAUAAUGAGUCAAAGAUUUUUUAAGAUAAAGGUUCAUAUAUUUGUUUUCAUUUUGGUUUUUUCUUCCACCACCAUCAUCAUAAUAGCAUCAAAAUUUAAACCCUUGAAUGUCCGGUGAAGGUAAUGCAUCUAGGGGGUCUUAGGCACAAAAUUUAUAUACCAAACUCCAAGCUUUGACAUGUGACAUGUGAAAUGGAAUCACAAAUCUUUAAUCAUUCCCAUUCUUUUAACAGAGAGUAAGUAAGAAAUAAACUUGUGGACUGAAAACUUUCAUUAGGCUAAAAACAAAGACGCAAUAGAGGGUGAAUAAAGUAAUUACAGAACAUAAGAAACUACAAAAAACAUGUAAAGCCAAGGUGACCAAAAUAUUCGCUCAAAAAACAAGCCACUUAAAUUUUAAGGUUUUUUAAGAAGUUUCUCUAAAUUUAGGCACCCUUCGUUGUCUCUCUCAUUCUCUAUGAGGAAGAGAGAGAAGGAGGUAUUACCGCCACCACAUGAUGGCCCCAUAAUUCGCCUUAUAAAGGUGAAUUUGUUAUGCAUAUAAACACCACUGUAUUUGUCUAUUGUCAGAGGGAGAGAGGCCGCACUAAGAGUUGGCACCAAUGGCCCCUCUCCUCUCUUUUUUUGUGUUCUCUCUUUUGCUUAUUGUUGUUUUCGUGCAAGCCGAUGAACAUCAAUCCACUCCAUUUACUUAUAUGGGCCCGCAAGGACCUGAAAAUUGGGGAAGUCUGUGUCCAAGUUAUGCAGCUUGCUCCAAUGGAAAAUCGCAGUCGCCAAUAGACAUUGUGACGAACCUCACUGCGACUAGCAAUUAUCAUCAGACACUAGUCAAAAGAUAUACCGCUGCUAAUGCUACACUCAUCAACAAUGGAUUUAACAUUGGGGUGCGUUUUGAGAAUGGUUCAGGUGGAAUGGCUGUCAUAAAUGGUAAAAGCUACACCCUCCAACAAAUGCAUUGGCAUUCUCCAUCGGAGCACCGCCUCAACGGCCAGCAAUUUGCAGCCGAACUUCAUCUACUCCAUCAAGCAGACGACGGCAGCCUCUCAGUCAUAGGAAUCCUCCUCCAAUACGGCGAUCCCGAUCCCCUGCUCAAUCAGGUACAAGACAAAUUGGCGGCGUUAGCGAAUGGAACCGGCACCAACGAAGAGGUUUACGUUGCACUCGGAGACCUAGAACCAAAGCUCGUGAGGAAGAACAAAUAUUACAGAUACACCGGCUCUCUCACCACUCCUCCCUGCACCGAGAACGUCAUGUGGAGCAUUCUCGGCACGGCAAAGACGAUUUCGAAGGAGCAGAUAGAAGCACUAAAGUUGCCAUUGGCUCCGGUCUACAAGAACAACGUCCGGCCAGUUCAGCCGCUUAACGACCGGAAGAUUGAGAUUUUCGAGGAGUAGUCAAAUCGCUCUCUCUCUCCCCCUCUCACUAUUGGCGCCAUCUUUUGCCGCUCAAUUAACAAUCGAUUUAAGCAAAGGAGAAUUGUUCGGCUUGCGAA